GUAGCCCCCCAAAUCAUGCUCCGCUCUCUAUAACUUUUCGCUCCCGCAUAUAUCUCAUGCUGAUUAGACCUGUACAUUCUCUGCACCCUUUGUAUGACUAUUCGGUACUCUAUCGUAACGUACGACACGCUGGUACUAUCGCAUUUGACGGAUAUUUCUUUCAAAGUUAUCAUUCCUCCCUCUUCCACUUCCGCCUAAGCUCCACUGGCCCAAUCUCUCUUCUCAUCAGCUUUGUUCCUUUUAUUCCCUCGUCCCACUCCAAAAUCGAUGAUGGACGAUUUAAACAGCUUGAUGAACUCGUAACCAAGGUAUGUAGUGCAACUUCAGAGACUGCAGCCGGUGCUUCAGGUGGCGGCAAACAAGGGGCCGACCUGCUCUGUGUCACUACACUUGGGGACCAACAUUACCGGUCAAGCUAUACUGGCGGAUGCAUGCAGCCUGUCAUAUGUAGGUGCCGGGGAUAUAGCGCAUUCGACCCAAGAUUGCGGGGCAAAAGCUCCACGCCCAGAAAUGCCCAUGAGUUGCAUUUGAUCACUUCUUAUUGCACAGAACGAUUGGCACGGGGAUGAGACGAACCCUGAAUCUGCGCUUAACGAUGUAUCUAUUCAACUGAUGAGAUCAUAACGUGUACGACAGAACGUCUAGGUAUUGUAAAA